AUGCGACCUGAUUUGGCUGUUUUCAGCCUUUCUAUGGCUCUUGGGGGAUAUGCUGCGCGUAUCCCCCCCCAGACAAACUUGAAUGUGCAGAAAAGAACCAUCUUUGAGCUGCCGCAACUUCUUUCCUGCUUGGGAAGCCUUACGAGCGACAUUCUUACCAACAUCGGCGACUUUUCCAAGCUCAAGUCCCAGACUAUUGAGUGUCUGUGCCAAGCUGCGAUAUCGACCGACGGUACUCUGAAUUUUAUCCUGAUUGGCCAGCUGCUUCAGACCAUCGGCCUCCCGACCAAGCAGCAAGAUCUUGAAGCUCUGCUGGGUGUCAAGUGCAAGCUAACAUGGUGGUGUCCAGCCUACUUCCUCGUCCUCUUCCACUACCCCUGCUACCUCAACUACUCCUGGUUCUUCAACUACUCCUGGUUCUUCAACUACCCCUGCCUCUUCAACUACCCCUGCCUCUUCAACUACUCCUGGUUCUUCAACUACCCCUGGUUCUUCAACUACCCCUGCUUCCUCGACCAGCCCUCCUGGUACUUCGACUGA